UUUUUGAUUAAACUUUACAGACUUUGUUGUAAAUGUUACAUGGCAUGAUAAAGAAAUUAUAUCUAAGUAGAACUAAUGAUUAUAUGCUAAAAACAAACGUAAAAUGUAAGAGUUUAAUCGUCCCAUUGACUAAGAUUGUAUUAUUUUUUCUUGUUUUCACCUUCUUUCUAGAAACAGUGAGUGAAGAGGAAUCUCCAGUACCUUCCUACUCUCAUCUGAACAGUGAAAGCUCCAUUCCAGAAGACUUAGGCAGCCCUGCUGUUCUCUAUAUGCCAUCUGAGUCUGUAGUGCAGGGGCAGCCAGGGACUCCAAGUCACAGUAUACUUACUGAAGAAAUGGUUUUUUCACAGGAAUUAGAAUCUUCUACCUCCCCUAGUAAACAUUCACCUCUCAGAAGCUGCACACCUGUGUCAAAGCAGGACUCCAGCAAAGGAAAUCAUAGGACUGGCGGACAAUAUCGUCUACCUGGCAAGUCUCAUCAACACUGUUCUAGUUGGUCAGAUGAAUCAUUAUCUAUGACACAGUCAGAAACUACAUCUGACCAAAGUGACAUUGAAGGUAGGAUCAGAGCUCUGAAAGAUGAGCUGCGGAAAAGAAAAUCAGUUGUGGACCAAUUGAAGAAGGAACAGAAAAAAAGGCAAAAAGAAAGACUGAAAGCACAAGAAGCCAGUUUGAUCAAACAGUUAGAGGUUAGACAUACAGAAGUUAAUGAAUAUGUGAAGCCCAGAAUGUCUUUUGUUUUGUUUUGUUUAAUGGUGCUCUAGAUUGAAUCCAGGGCCUUGUACAUGCUAGACCAACACUCUACAAU